GACAGGGCAUUCCCAGCUCCGCCCCUUUCCUUCCAAACUUCCGCCCUUCAAGCUUGGGUGACGUCACACAGCAACGGUCCUGGCGCUUAGUAACCGAGCAGGAACAGCGGCAGAGGCGGCAGCAUUUGAGUGAGAGAGGGAACAGCUUCUUCCACUCGUCCUUUGCAUGUUUAGGUGCCAAGGAAAUGUCUUGUUCUCCAGUCAACAAGCGUUUGUCUGACUCUGCGCCCUCUCGCUCUCAUUCUACCCCACAUGGCCUGGUUAAAACAGAAAGGAGAGCCCCCAGCCGGGGCCAUGAUCUCAGUGUUUCUGCCGAUUCAACUUCUUCCCUCUUAUCCCCAAUAUACCACGAAAGCUAUGAGAGUGAUGUUGAAGAUGUCACUUCAGAUUUGCAGAGACUUAAAGACAAUAAUGCAGCUGGCAAACAUAGAGCUCCUGGGACCCCAGAGAAAGGAAGGCACAGCCAGACAGAGGAACACUCUAUGGAAAACUUGAACCUCACUCCCUGGGAGGCAUGGCUGCUGCAUAAAGAAAAAGAAGGGCGCAUUGAAUUGCAGAGGAAAAUCUCUGAGGAAUUGAAACAAGAGGAAGAACGCUUAAAAGAACAGCGGCAGAAGGAAAUGAAAAAAAAGUUGGCAGAGGAACAGCGCAAAGAAUGGGUCCGGAAAAAAAAGGAUCAGGAGCAGAAAGAAAGAGACGAGAGACUACUGAAAGAGCAGCAGGACAAGGAGGCAGAGGAACUGCGCAGAAUCUCUGUACAAGAGAAGGCCAACGAGAAAUUCGAGGAAUGGCUGAGAAAAAAAAAAGUGGAAGAGCAAGAACGGAAGAAAAAAGAGAAGGAAGAAGAGGAGAAGUUCCAAGCUGCACAAAGAGAUAAAAAGGACAAAGCAAGUAAAGUCUUUAAAGAGUGGCUGGAGCAAGCCAAGGAUAAACCACGGCCAACAUUAAACAGCUAUGGCUAUGUCAAUGGGAAACUAACAGGUUAUUAUGACGCUAGCUCCUAUCCUGCUCCAGGUUUUUAUAACCCCAUUCCAUGGAAGCCAAUUCACAUUCCUCCUCCACCAAAGGAAGCCACCAAGAAUCUCUCUGCAAAGAAGAAAAAGAGGCCUGUUUCCAGCCAGCUGUAUCGACCAAAUGUCAGGUCACUUUCUAAGCCUAAGGACAAUCUCCAUGUUGGUGGGGGGAUAGUAAAAAGAUGACUGAUAUGCUGUGUAAAAUACCUGUAUUGUUUUUUUAUCUACAGCAUAUCCCAACAUUAAGCAUUAUAAUAUUUGCAUCCAUCUACACAAAUGUACACUAGCUUUUUAUUUUCUGUAUAUUUAAAAUAGUAAAAUAUGUUGUCCUAUUUAUUUGUUAGCGUUAUCUCUAUGUAGGAGCUGGCAUGUUGCUUUCAGGGCUGCCAUUAGUGAUUACAGGGGCUUCAUACUAAGCUAGCAGGGCCUACCAGACUGGGGGCCUCAACUUUUAGCCACCGUUCACCUCAACCCCCUGUAUGGUGGGCCCUGGCAGUAAAAUGGGCCCCAGACAAAGCCCCAAUAAUGCUUUAACCUGUUCAUGAUCCACUUUAACUCCAUUCACUAAUCAUACUCCUUUUGCUUUACCAUCGUAGCCUACCCUCUACUACGUGGCCCUGAUUCCAAUACCCCCUGUACCUUCACUGAUAGCAGCCCUGAAGCCAAGCCUAUAUUUUACCCACUGAAUAACAGAAAAUAAAUAGGUGAUAAUCAUCACUUAUAAGUUCAGUGUAUAUACACAUUCUAAUAGAAAUAAUGGGAGAUAUUGAAUUUCAAAAUGUUUUUUUAUCAUACGGACCCUGAAAUAUACCCACAUUCUUUUUUCAAAAGAUUUUCCUAUUCAGAAUUCGCUGUGAAAUUAUUUGGCAAGAUACACAACAAGCAAAGACAAGGGCUUGAAGUCUUAGUUCAGCUCAUAAGAAAGUGCAGACAUGCAGUUAGUGACUAUGUAUGUUUUUGUUGUAAUUAAAAAUGAUGUGAAAACACUGAUUGAUCAGUAAGGGGUAUAUUUAUAAAUGGACAGUUUGCACAUUUCACACUGAAGAAACUUUAUUGUUAUAGAUGUGAAUAGAACCUUAUAGUUUAUCCUUUUAUAAUUAUGCCCAUUAGUAGUUUAAAAAAAAAAAAAAAAAGAAAGAAAAGUAGUUUGAUGUGGACAGUAGUGAUGUGUGGGUCAACAAAAAGUUGUCCUUCGCAACUCUCUGAUGUUACUAGAGGGGACACGGCAGGCACAAGCAUACAAAUAAGUAAUGGCAGGAGGAGGAAUAUGGGCAUGGAAGAGCUGUGCUUACCUGUAUAACAUUGGUUGAUACCACUGUUCUAUAACUGCAAUUUUAUUCUGUAUUUUUAUUUGUUUGACCUUUUUGUUCUGCUACUGUUCAGCAUUACUAAUACAGUACUAAUCAGUAGCCAGCAAGUAGCCAGGUAUAAUCGACCAGUAAGUCUCCUUUUUACAUCUUUUACUUCAGGACACCAGUGUGCGGGAUUCUGUGUGAUACUCACUGCUCUUUCCUGCCAGGAAAAUAGUCAAACUCCAACUGUGACAAAAAUAGAUGUUUGAGCAAGAGCUUACACAUAUAUAACUCAUCUUUUUCUGUAAAAGCUAAACAAUGUCACUUUCUGCUGAUUAUGUGAUACGAACAGGGAAUAAAGGUCCUCCUUCAUAAGCCAAUAUUUAAUAUUUGGGAUAGUUUAUAUACUAUAAUAUCUAAAAAUAUCAAUUGUGUCCUCUUCAUCUGUGCAUCUCUAGGCUUUUGUUUGAUUGGGGCUCCUACACACGGGUUUUUACCUACCCUCUCUUCUGGUGGAUUGUAUAUGAGUUCCACCCCACAGGAACAUUAUCCUUUAUAUAGGAACCAGCUAUUUGAGCUUCCAGGGUUUUUGGCUGCAUUAGUUUAUUUAGAGGAAGCCCACCACCAUGUAGUGACAAGUUUUGUUGCCAAAUAGUACAGGUUGAGAUUUGGGGCAGCUUAGUUUCCAAAGACCAUUGGGUACUGAAGUUUAAAUAGUCUAGAGAGGCCUUGGCUCCCCAGUAUAGAGGGGGAAGGCUGGAAAGGAAGGGGGAGAUUAAGAUUUCAAAUUUCACGUUCAGGAGGGGCUUUAUAUGGUAAGAUUCAAGGAGAAUUCCUCAGGUGAUGGUGUUGUCAGGUUUCGGCUGCAAGCUUUCUAAAUAGUGGGCCCACAGAAACCACUCCAGCUCUCUCUUGAAGCUCCUGUACUGAAAGCUAUUGAAAUAUUUCAUUGAUCUAAUCCAGUUUACUUUGGUGAUUAGUGCCUGCAAUCCCAGAAUCUGCAGAGAGAGAAUAUAUUGGCGAUUAACUAAAACUGCAGGUGUAUUAUUGUGGUGUUCAUUCACAACACAAAAGUCGGAAGACUUAAGGAUGUGCCAAAAUACUAACACUUUUUUUUGCUUGUAACUGCGUCAUGUAAGGUCAAGGACGUCUCUGGAGGGCAAAUCAAGAUGGCAGCACAGGAGCGCAAGUUGCAUAUGCGACUUGCAAGAUAAAGUUCUGAAAAACAGAAGGCUUUAGGUUUAAUAGAUGUAAGCGAUUUAAGAGUAAAGGAGGGGUACUAGCGAUAUAUAUGCGUUUUGUAGGACUUUCCUUGUACUUUAACAGGCCCUCAAAAUGUACUUUUGCAUUACACUUAUAUGGCGAGUCCCCUUAAAGAUUCUUUCUAGGAUUCUCACUCUGACAAUCGUGCCAAGGAGAAGAGAUAUAGAAAAGGCACCAGAUGUUACAUUUCCAUGAUCCAAAUACACAGAGCACAUCUAUGUCAUUUAUUCCUCCUCUUGCACCAUUUUUCAGCACAACUCAUUUCCCGCACAUUGUUAAAAAGGGCUCAAAGUGAUAAUGCUCUCUUGGAAACAGUGACUUUACUGUUGUUGUUGUUUUGUGUAAUUAAACAAUAACCAAGGCAUUUCAUUAAAAUCUAAAUAAUUGGGAAUGUUAAUGGGUUACCUAGAACUAUUUGGGAACAGUUUUGGGCAGCCCCGAUUUAGGCCUUGCACCUUUUUAUUACAUGUUCUUCUUAUAGAUCGGGUCUUCGUAAGUUUGAUAUCACCUAGAUGAGUGACUGGUAGAGAGUACCUUCAGUCAGAAUCAUUCCUAAGUUUGAAGACCUAGAGAUGGGAACAGAAGGGUUAGGUUUAGGGAUGGCGUAUGACCACCCAUCAAAAUCAGGGUUUCAUUUACUCAAGUGAAAAUAAAAAACACAAACGUAUUGUCGAAAUGAUACCUAUUGGCUAACAAAAAUACAUUGAAAACAUUCUGAGCUCUGAGGCCCCUCUUGCAAUGUAUUUUUAUUGUUAGCCCAUGGGUAUCAUUUCUACAAUACAUUUGUGUUUUUUAUUUAUUUUUGCCACUGGCUAACGUGGUACUACAGUUUUUGUUUUGUGACUAUAGAGGGUGCAAAUAGAGGGUGUGAUGUUCAUAUUGGCAAAUGUGCUUUGUAAUUUAUUUAGAAGGGUGCAAAUUAUGCAAAGUAUUUACCAACGGCAUUUACUUCACAGGUAGGGUUGCCACCUAGUCCAUUUGGCCACUAAAAUAACCACCAAAUCUUGGGGGUGUUAUUACAAAUUACUGGCAAUUUAUUAGUAAUCAGCAAGUUUUCCCUGUGAUUGGACCAGGGUGUCCUUAACACCCUGCCCCCUUUAAUCAUGACUACUCCCAUUAACGUUAUUGCCCUCAUGGUUCCAACCCCCCUCCCCAGUUGAAUUGCUGGAAUUUUUUUUUUGCAAAAAAGGGCAGCAGCCCUAUUUACUGCCAGUGCAAAAGUUUUGAUCUUGGUAAAAUGUUCAUAAUGAGUGUGCUGGUUGGCCAGAAGCCACAUGUUUACCCUUGGGUCAGGUGUGUUCAUGGCUCAAAUACCAUCAGUCAAAUAUUGUGCUGAAAUGUAACAAUGAGAGGCUGUUCCUACUAUAUGUGUGAUGUCCUGACCCUUUUGGUGAUGUCCCAUUACCCCAAUCUAAUGUCACCAAAAGGGUGGAACAGGUGCAAGUGUAACAAAUAUUUGAAUAGUUCAGGCCGGGUUGGGUUCUGGUUCAGAAAUAUGCGAUAUGUCUGAUGUGUUUGCAAAUCUGUCCAAAAUACAUAGAUAAAUAUUACAAAAGAGAAAUUAGCCUGGAUCUGACUAAUUCUGUAUAUUACAGGUAUUCUGCUGUCAGCUUGUAGGCUCUCUCAGGGCUUUAGGGCAAAGCAGAAAGGGCAGAGUAACGACUCUUUCGCUGUUUAGGCGAGGGACAUGUUACUGAUGGAUUUUUUUAUUAUUUUGCAAUUGUUAUUGUUCACAAUUUUUCUACUUUUAUUUCACCCUGUAUGUUUUGUAAUAUUUUAAUGUCUAACAGUAUAAUUUAUUAUCUUGUUCAUAGAUUAUAAAAGAUUUUAGAUUUUUUUUUAUUGCUACUGUUUUAAAUGUGAUUAUUAAACACUGUUUUGAUAUUUUUAUACAAACCAUUGAAUAAAGUGUGUAUUU